UUUACUUCCGGAUCUCGCCAGAGGCAAAAGAUCGCCCGCCAGAGACUACAUGAGAUUAUCUCCCCUUUAAAAACUACAAAAAAACAUAACCACAUAAUUUAUAUCAGCAAGACGCCUGGCCGCUAACUUUACAGUGACACUAAUGUCAGACGAGUAACAGAAUAAUGGCGAUUUAAUUUGCUUCCAAGGUCCGAAAUAAACUCCAUAAAAAGCAAAACAGACUGCGGAAAAGCCAAAGUGGAGCAUCGGGUCAUGCCCGGAAGACUAGGAAGCUUAGCAAACCCCGAGGGGGCACACGGCAGGUACGUGACCCCCCCAGCUUCGGAACUGCAGAGGCUGAUGUGGACCAAGAAAGGCAGCGACAACCACCACAUGGACGAGGUCCAGCCUAGGAUCUACUUGGGAGACAUGUACGCGGCCAAAGACAAGAGGAGCCUGCAGGCUCACCGCAUCAACCACGUGCUCAACGCCGCCGAUGGCAAGUUCAACGUCAACACGGGCGCCUCCUUCUACAGAGACGCCAACAUCAACUAUCACGGCGUGGAGGCAUUCGACAUGGUGACCUUUAACCUCAGCCCCUUCUUUUACUCAUCAGCUGACUUCAUCCGGAGAGCUCUGAGCUCACCAACAGGUCGGGUACUGGUCCACUGCGCCAUGGGCCUCAGCCGCUCAGCCACACUGGUCGUGGCCUACCUCAUGAUCCACGAGAAGAUGACGCUCCCAGAGGCCAUCAAGGCCGUCGGCGCCAACCGAAACAUCUCGCCAAACGCCGGCUUCCUGCAGCAGCUGCGAGAGCUCGAUGAACAAUUGCAGUGCCACCAAGGGGCGGCGAGGCGCGAAGGGUGGACUUAGAGAAGUGAUGUUCCUGGCUUGGAAGUAGAAUGAAAUUAAAGAAUCAGGAAUGUUCGGACAAUGUUUUGAUGAGCCAUUAU